GCGAUCGGCACAGUUGCUGCUUAGUCAAUGCUCGCCCUGGUUCAUCCCGAUCGGAUCUCCGCGAUUAAUUCGAAAACCCAUAAGAAAGGAGGAAUAAAUAUCACAAAUUUUGUAGAUUCGCAGUGCGCGAACGGUGUUCCCUACGCUUAUACCGGUCGUCUUCGGUUGUAUUGCUCUUGUGUUCGCCUCGCGUCCCACUGCUGUCCAAAGUUCAACAGAACGUAAUCGACAGAGAUCCUGGCUGAGGAGAGCGCACUCUCCACGACCAUCAACCACUUGCUCAUAGUAUAGUGGCGUAGUUGUAAUGGUUCACGGGCAUUGGAUCCAUUGCGUGAGAGUAGGCAACAGCUGCGAGGAUCAGGACCCCAACCAACGCCAGGAGGAGCACUACGAGUACACCCAGAGCCAGCACAGAUAGACAGUCCAUUCAACUUGCCGCUGCACCGAUUUUGUGGCAAAUCAAUCGAAUCGCGUGCAAAAUUCUCAAUAAUAACACAACAUUUUCGUUCGGGCCUGUUGUUGUACAUUUUGUUUUUGUGUCUGUUUUUUGUUGUUUUCAAAUGUGCGGAAAAGACAGCUCGAUUUGAAGAAGAGCAGGGCAGAGCAGAAGCAGAAGCAGCCAGCCCCCAAAGAUAUACAAACAGAGAGUGAGUGUGUUUGGUUGAAACGAGAGCGAGAAGAGAAGCUAAGCGAACAGAGGAAUUCUCAACAUGGUGCUACAGAACCACAAUACAGUCGUGGCCCGAUCUACACUGACGCCGAACAGCAGCAGCCAUAGCUUUGGGUCCCACGCAGGGAUGGGCCGGGCCCCGCUAAACGCCGGCCCUAGCACACAGCGUCCGAUAGUGGAUCUAUUGGUGGCCAUGGUGGCAGUGCCCGUCCUGAUCCUCUGCGCCCUGCAGCUGGAGAAGAACCUGCGCGACAACAGCGUAGAGUCGCGCUGGCUGGUCUUUGCGCUGGGCAUCGGAAUGCUGGUGAUCAGCGUGAUCAUCUGCGGCUAUGUCACGCACCGCAUGGGCGUCUGCAUCUGGGCAGGGCCCAUCGACGAGGCCGGCAAUCGAGCCACCAACGGAGCAAUGUCGCAUAUCAACUCCCAAAACGAUGUGCUGCGCAUUGUGGACACACUGCCUCCCAGCUAUGAAAGCGUGUUGAAAUUCGAGCUGCCACCACCGUCCUAUGACUGCCUGGUGAUCGAUCUUGACCUGGACCAGAGCAAGGAUAUGGAGCCGCCACAGACAUCGUCCAAGUCGAGUGCCAGCCGCUCGACAUCCUCGACGGAAGCCAUUCUUCACAUAUAGGACGGUGGAGGGGGGGGAAGAGGCGACCAUUGCGGAGGAGGAGAGAGAAUUAAGAGAUUUUCCCCAGCAGGCAGCGCAACGGCUUACUAUAUUUGACCCACGGACCCACGGACCACACCCAAACGUUGGCUCAACGUCCGAUACAUUAUCAUAUAUACAUAUGUGUGUAGCUGCAUCUGUACACAUAUCUCUAGCGGCUGGCUUACCUAUAGCCUUGCACAUAGCAUUGUGGCCUUGUAUUUACUUCGGUUCUAAGCACCUAGUAUUUUUUUUAUUUUUUAUUUGUAGAGCAUAUGUACAUACAUAUAUUCCUCAAGCCACACAACCACAGCAUCUAGUCCAGAGUUUUACAUAGCCCAAAACGAUAACGGAACAGAACCACACUCAAUGCUUGGCUUUGAGCCACCUUUGGCCUUAUAUUACACAUACGCACCGUGGGUGCACGUGCAGGCAGACCUGUGGACACAUGCAUACGUACAUAUUCACUGAAUGCCAAGGAAGGGCGGGAAUCAAAUUACAGGGUAGUUGCCUAGUACUUAUUCAAUAGUCCAUAGCUGAAUACUGUACAUAAUAUUGCGUAAGUUAAGAUUACCAUAUCGUUAUAGCAGUAGCGACUGUAAAGAAAACAAUAUCGAGCAACGUUUAGUGUUGCUAGCCACAAAUAAAGAAUUCCUAUUAAAUUUAUUG